AUGGCCACAUCCUGUGUACCUGCCUCUACGGUACUGUCGGGCUACACACAAAACUUUGCCGACCCCAUGAGCAAGCACAACACCGCUGGCAUCGUGAUAUCCGUUGUUGGAAUGGUCAUUACUACUCUCUUCAUGCUCUUGCGACUCUACACAAAGGCUUUUCUGGCACACAUCUUUGGCAUCGACGAUGGUAAGUAGCAUUGGUGGCAUGUAUAACGAGCAGCGCGAUUGACGGAUUGCAGUUGCCCUUACAAUCGCCUGGGUAUGGCUCCACCAACGACCCUCUUCAUCUUUACAGAUCUGACGCCGUGUAGAUGAUGUCAAUUGCCCUUCAAAUCAUGGUGGUCUGUACGUACCUACCUCGAGUACUUCUCACGUCGUCCAAAGCUGAUCGAGGCUAGAUCUCUGGGCAGAAAAAACCAUUGGCGUACAUAUGUGGGAUCUCUGUAUCCAACAAGCCAACUCCUCUAUCUUGGUAUGCUAACGUUCUCCCUCCUUGCGAGGCCUAGCUUCUGACACUGCAAAGCUCAUCUCGGUCUGCUCCAUCCUCUACAUCCCCCUUAUGGCUCUGGCAAAGUUCUCCUUGCUCCUGUUCUACCGAAAGCUUUCUAUGGAUCGAUGGUUCAAGUACUCGGUCUACGGGGUCAUGGCUUUUGUCAUCAGCUAUAGUAUCGCGUUGGCUUUUAGCUUGAUCUUCGCCUGUACGCCAUUGGAAAGGAAUUGGGACAUCACCAUCACGGCUGGGAGCUGUGUCAACAAGGGAAGGAUAUAUCUGGCAACGGCCGGCCUGAAUGCCGCGACAGACGUUAUCUUGCUGAUACUACCGACACCGAUGAUUUGGCAAUUGAGUGUGCCUCUUGUGCAAAAGAUCGGCCUUGCGUGUAUCUUUGGCAUUGGAUCGUUGUGAGUAUCGUUCCCUAUGCUACAUCAUGAAUAGUGACUGAUAAGGCCAUCUUGUAGAACGCUCAUCACCAGCUUGGUACGACUCUCACUUCUUCCGCCCAUGGUUAGCGCUCUAGACACGACAUGGGCUAUCAGCACGCCAGCGAUCUGGAUGUUAGUACUCUAUUCCUCUCCUCGUCCCUCAAACGCAGCUAAUAGACCAUCCAGCUGCGUGGAAGCCAACCUCGUCAUAAUCUGCGGCUGUCUCCCCAUCCUGCGUCUCUUCUUCCGACACGUAGCGCCACGACUCAUCGGCGAAUACCCCGAGACGACCGCCUCAAAACCCAGCUCUCGAGGCAAGAGGCCGAUUCACAGCGUCGCUGAACUCUCCAUUCUCGACGGCGCCCAGCGUCGAUCAGCCGCGUCAAAGCAAUAUGGUCGUCUGAAUGAGUGGAAUGAAAUCUGGGAGAGAGAUCUCGGAGGCGAUGCAGACUCGGAGAUUUGCACGGUGGACUCCACGGGGAGGGUUGUCGCUGUGAACAAGUCUUCGAAGUCUCCAUCGGGGUCAGCGUCGAAGCAUAAGAAGCGACCGAACGCCCCGAUUUGGUGUGGAGGGCAGGUGGAAUCUGCGCCGAGGAGUCCCGGGCCUAGCUAUGUUGUUGGCAGGAAUGAUGAUGGAAGGUAUUCUCUGCGGCCCAGUGCAGCUUGA